AUGGCAGACAUACUCGACGACUAUCCCGAGUAUGGCUCAACCGGACUGCUUGAUGAUCUGCGUCGGUCUGAGUAUGGCUACCUCGACGAGCAAGAACAUGUGUACCUCGACUACACCGGAUCAGGUCUGGCUGCUCGGGCUCAGCACCGUGCCCACGCCCGUCGGCAGGCCGACAUGGUGCUGGGCAACCCACACUCGGCCAGCCCGACAAGCGAGGCGGCGACGCAGCUUCUCGAGCGCACGCGAGCCCGGGUGUUGCAGCACCUGCAUGCCGACGCGGACGAGUACGUUGCCAUCUUCACGCCCAACGCCACCGGUGCAGCGCGUCUUGUGGGCGAGGCCUACCGCUUCCAUCGUGGCGGCCGGCUCGUGCUCACGGCCGAUAAUCACAACUCUGUCAACGGCCUGCGCGAGUUUGCCCGCCGCGCCGGCACUCCAACCGUCUAUGUGCCUAGCACAGCGCCCUCGCUGGCCGUCGACCAGGCCGUGCUGGAUGCUGCCCUAGUGCCAGGGCUGAAGAGGGCAGGCAGCCGACUGUCGGGAUGGCUGGCCAGCAUUCGCAGCUGCUUUGGGGCCUGUGAGGAGGAAGACGAGAGAGAGGAACUGGCAGAGACAAAGACGGCGGAGAUGGCAGACAGCACAGAGCACGCACACCACAGCGGCCUCUUUGCGUAUCCGGCACAGAGCAACUUCUCGGGCGUGCGGCACCCGCUCGGAUGGGUGGCCGAGGCACAGGCGCGCGGCUACGACGUGCUGCUGGACGCGGCGGCAUAUCUGCCGACAUCGACGCUGGACCUAUCAGCCAUACACCCAGAUUUUGUGCUUGUCAGCUGGUACAAGCUGUUUGGCUACCCGACCGGCGUGGGCUGUCUGGUGGCGCGACGAGCGGCCUUGGCCCGGUUGGACCGGCCAUGGUUUGCGGGGGGGAGCAUCCGCGCCGUCAGCGUCGGCCUGGACUGGCAUGCACCAGCGCGCGAUGUCGCCGCCCGCUUCGAGGACGGCACUGUCAGCUUCCAGGCCAUUCCGGAUGUGCUGGCUGGCCUGGACUGGCUGGCCGAUGUCGUCGGUCCCGACCGUCUGCAGACUCGCGUCCGCUGUCUGACAGCUUGGUUCCUGCGCCGUCUGACCGCCCUGCAGCACGCCAAUGGCCGGCCGAUGGCGGUGCUGUAUGGACCUGGCAGCAGUGAGGCUGCUGCAACGACAACGGCAGCUCGUGGGCCCACGGUCGCCUUCAAUCUGGUUGACUGCAACGGCCAGAUCGUGGACGAGCGCAUCGUGGCCGCCGACGCGGCCGCAGCCCGCAUCUCCCUGCGCACCGGCUGCUUCUGCAACCCCGGCGCUGGCGAGACCGCCCUCGGACUCUCCCAGCACGAUCUCCGUGUUCUGCAGCAGUUGGCCAUCCGCAGCCUCGAACCGGUCACGUCCGCCGCACAGCGCAGCACCAGCACGCGAAGCAAGAACAGCACCAGCACCAGCACCAGCAGUGGCACCGGCGGCAUCAGCGAGAAACAUGCCCAGCAGUGGCCGCCAUCCGCAGGCGAGCCGCCCAUCACCGGCGCCGUGCGCGUCUCGUUUGGCGUGGCCUCCAACACCGCCGACGUCGACCGCUUCUUUGCCUUUGUCGAGGCUACUUACUGCGAUCGCGCUGUGGACAGCAGCCAACUGGGGCCGCGGAUGGAGUGCUAG